GCUAGUUGGGCCCAAAACCAAAAGCCCAUCCUCUUCACUUGUUUUGAUGCCCUACCCUUCAUUUCUAAUUCCACUCUCUCACUGUUCUUUUCAGCGAUCGUAGCAGAAAAAACCGAACAGGGUUUAUUGUGGAAAAUGGGUAGUGUUGUUAGAGCUACAUUGAAGAAAACAAACUCUAGUGUUUCUGCAUUUCAGAGAAGUAAUGGUUUUGUGGCUAGAUUCUUCUCUACUGAAGCUGAAAAUCCACCUCAGGAUUUAACAACUGCUACACCUCCUUUUUUGCAUACAACAAAUACAGGUUUGACAUAUGGUAGGCUGGUUGGCGUUAAUAGACAUGCACUCAAAACAGAUAUCAUCAACUUCCUUGAAGGUUGUAAUUUGACUCUGGACGAUGUUAAAAUGGAGUAUACUCGUAGCUUCAUCCCAAUUUCAAUGAUGGUGCAGUUCCCUACUUACAGUGCCUAUGACAAUGCUAUACGCGUGAUUGGAAGGAAGGGUCGUUUGUACAAACUGGAUAGGAUUGAUCGUUCUCAAUGGGACAUCGUUACUCCAUACGACGGAAGAACUAUUUUAAUUGAAGGACUUCCACGAAGCUCACAGUUUGCAGAUUUGGAUCAGAUCGUGUCCGGUUAUGAAUAUGAUUCAUCUUCCGUCAAUAUGUUUCUAAGAGCUGGAGAGGGUAAUGAACCUGUUAAAAUGGCAACAAUACGUUUCCGUUCAAGGAUUCAAGCGAUGAAUGCAUUCAUUGCAAAGAAUGGGACAUAUUGCCUCAACAGUCGCAUUUCGAUACAUGUUCUUCAGUAAUUACAAGACUCUUAUGGUGAUGGUGCUGUAGGAGCAGCAAUGAUUUUAUAGCUUAGAUUAGUAAAAUUUAUUAUGUUUAUGUGGCAAACUGGCAACAAUAUCUUGAAUUAAAGCACUUGAUCAAGCAAUAAUUUGGUAAUUGAUCACAUUAUGUUUCUAACAAGUGUUGUGAUGUUAUUCAAUCAAAGUUUUUGAAGACUUGAAAAUGUAUUAUUGAUUGAAUUGGGUGAUGUAUAAAAGUUUUAUGAGUCAAAUUAGUUUUACACCGUCAUCCAAUGGAUGUUAGUGUAAAACUAGUUUGUAUCGAUGGUGCAAAUCAUUUUUUCUCAUUGAA